CACUAUCGCCAAGCCAUGGACGUGAAGCCGGAGGAGACUCCAGCAAAGAGAGAGUUUUUAAAUGUCCACACUCUACGUCACCAACUAACCGCGCCAACGGCCAACUGCCCACGCGACACCUAUAACUGUCAUGGCUCUGUGGACGACAUGCUGGACACUGAAAACAAACGGCUGGCUGAGAACCUGGCCACCAAAGUCUCCAGACUGAAAUCUCUGGCAUACGACAUCGACAGAGAGGCUGAUGAUCAGAACGAGUAUCUGGACGGCAUGGACUCAAACUUCCUGAGUGCGACUGGCCUGCUGAGCGGCAGCGUGAAGCGUUUCUCCACCAUGGUUCGAUCCGGCAGAGACAACCGCCGCAUCCUCUGCUACGUCUCCGUGGGCCUGGUCCUGGCCUUCUUCCUGCUCUACUACAUGGUCUCCAGGAUUCAGCGCUGACAGGAAAACAAAGCUUUUUUUCCCCCUCCAGCCAGUAGCUGGCCCUGAUGUGGAGCCGAGACUGUAGACUAAAUCACCUCUGUGGCUCUUCCUGCACAGGACUACACUCUUUUAUUCUGCAAAGUGAGAAAACAAACAGGCAGUAGACAGAAAACAUUUUGUUGAAUUAUUGAAGUGACCAGCAGGUGGUGUCAGCCGGCUCAGAGCGUGGUCAUACUGAAGAUGCUGGCGUCUAUUUAUAAAAAAAAAUUAAAAAAAAACAUACCUCGACUUCGGGGCUUUACCAUUCUGCAACACAAAGAGGAGGUGGAGCCUGAAUGCAGCACAGGUGGGAGAAGAAACCCCAGCAGCUGAGUGUGAGAGGCUGAUGAACCGCCCCAAAACAACAUGUGUCUCAUGAUUUAAAGCAAUUAUUGAGCUACAGUUGAUAUGUUCAAACUGUGACAAAUUAAUCAAACCGACUAAAUAUCUAAAUGCAACUUUCAGCUGCAUGAAAUCUAUUUAAAUUGUGUUUUUUCGGGGGUUGUGGGACAUAG